AAUAUAUUCGAGUAACAAAUAUCACUUCAAAUAUGAGGAUUUAGGCUGCAGUUCUCCUUCCAAACCAAUAGGUGGCAAUAACGCGCUCCAAACCAACAGCCCGAAUUGUUGUAGAAGAGGAAGAAGGAAAACGCCGGAUCAUGUCAGAAUGGGGACCCAGGUGAAAGAUGUGAUCAUAAAGCCCGACGCUCCCAGCACGCUGCUGCUGGAGAAACAUGCAGACUACAUCGCUGCCUACGGCUCCAAAAAGGACGACUAUGAGUACACGCUGUCUGAGUACUUGAGGAUGAGCGGCAUCUAUUGGGGGCUGACUGUGAUGGACCUGAUGGGCCAGCUACCCAGAAUGAACCAGCAGGAGAUCGUAGACUUCAUCAAAGCUUGUCAGCACGAGUGUGGAGGCAUGAGCGCCAGCAUCGGACACGACCCCCACCUGCUCUACACCCUCAGUGCCGUCCAGAUCUUGUGCUUGUAUGACAGCGUAGAUGCGAUUGAUGUGGACAAAAUUGUGGAGUAUGUCAAAGGGCUGCAGCAGGAAGAUGGCUCUUUUGCGGGGGACAAGUGGGGAGAAAUAGACACACGGUUUUCCUUCUGCGCUGUUGCUACACUCGCAUUACUGGGCAAGAUGGACACGAUCAAUGUUGACAAAGCCGUAGAGUUUGUUUUGUCAUGUAUGAACUUUGAUGGAGGCUUUGGAUGCAGACCUGGUUCUGAGUCUCAUGCUGGUCAGAUUUACUGCUGCACUGGCUUCCUGUCGCUCACUGGCCAGUUACACCAGUUGAACGCUGACCUGCUGGGGUGGUGGCUUUGUGAGAGACAGCUGCCGUCUGGAGGCCUGAAUGGUCGACCUGAGAAGCUUCCAGAUGUGUGCUACUCGUGGUGGGUUUUGGCCUCGCUGAAAAUCAUCGGCAGGAUCCGCUGGAUUGACAAAGACAAGCUACGAAAGUUUAUUUUGGCCUGUCAAGACGAGGAGACGGGAGGUUUUGCCGAUAGACCAGGAGAUAUGGUGGAUCCUUUCCACACCCUGUUCGGGGUUGCAGGUCUCUCCCUGCUUGGAGACGAACAGAUCAAAGCGGUGAAUCCGGUGCUGUGCAUGCCCGAGGACGUCCUUCAGCGUAUCGGCCUGCAGCCUGACCUCCUCAGCUAACCUUCUGAUGCAUCACACAGACACUUUCCACCCGCACAAACAGAGGCUCAUGGCACGGCUGGAUUUCGGGUGCACAGAGUCUCACAGUUUGGACAUGACUUCCUCUGAACCUCUCUGUUUUAAUCCUCCUGCUACUCAUCGAGUCGUAGUUCUCGUGUCACUGCAAUGAAAGGAGGGGCUUAAAAAGAUGCUUUGAAGUGUCAUCGUCUUUGCAGAAGGCUGGAAAUCAUGCAAAAACAUUCAACAACAUGCAACAACAACUUCUCAACUUACUCACUAUGUCAGUUUGAGGGGGAAAAUGUGAAAGUUUGCUCACAGUUAAAAUGUUUCAUCUUCCAGCUUGUCCUCUAGCCAAGAAGCUAUUAGUGUUAUGAGUUUCUUUGGCCAGAAGUUCCUUCUAUUCUGUCCUAUCGUGCUUUAUUAUCAUGUUUGUUACUGGAAUGACUGGGAAUAUUCAUAGCUUAUCAGCUUUGACCUUGAGUGUAAAGAAUGGAAGCGAUGAGUCAGAUGAAUUCGGCUGAGGGAGAAAAGGUAAAAGUUAGAUUUGCUGUUUUAGUAUGUUAUCACACAUAAAGCUAGAGCUUUUUCAAUUUCCUGCCUUUAGCUUAUUAUGUAUUUGAUAAGAGCAUGUGAAGAGCAACACUGCUCAGUAGGCUUUAGAAGUGGAGAUGCAUCAUAGGACAGCUUUUUCCAUGCAUUAAAAUAAACCCUACACAGACUCUUAUUUUGGCGGGCUUUAUGGAAAGAGAAAAUGUUCUCUUUGUUACUGGAACCACCCAGAGCUUAAACACUAUCAUUGGUAUGUUUAAUGUCUUAUCCAGGAUCCUAGUUACACUAUUUAUUUAAAUGUAUGUUGCUCAGUGCAGCUGUGUUAGAUUUGCCUCCACAGUGCGUGUAACAUGAAAUAUUUCCAGUCUUACCGUCAAAUGAAAUGGCUUUUCAGACAGCUUCACGUUCACUUUGUGCACUCUUCUCGUCUUACAGAAUUAAAUUUCUAUCUGUUCUUUGUUAACUGUUAAGUGUCAAUAAAGAGAGACAUUAUCAGUGA